AUGCGAAACAUUCGAUAUCUAGACAUUUCCACCUGGGUGUCCACAAAAGUGGCCUGUCGCAGGACGACGUGUUUUAGACAAAGUUUUAACAGAAAUAGUCUUAUCGCGACAGAAUUCGCCUGUUAUCGGUCCUUUGGCUUUCCGCGAAUUAAACUCGAUCGAUUGUCCUUCAAAUUUGGUGGCGCUGGCGAGUUCGGAGGGUCAGGCUAUUAUAGCGGAGUUAACUCUUAUCUUCUGCUCGCAAAGGCUUUCGGUGCCCUGGGUGGUAAGGAGGUCAGGGCAGAGGGUGUCACCAAUCUCGGUUUGAAGGAUCAAAGAUUGGCUCUCAAGUGGAUCCAGGUAAAAUUCCCAAACCGAUAA